AAAACGGUAAUGUGAAGCUCCUUCUCAUCAGAAGCCCCACCAAAAGGCACUUACAUGUUCCUACCACCAUGUCUUCCAUGGCCUCCACCAACCGAGACGAAUCCUCCGACAACGACAGCAACUGUUCCUCGGUAACCGCACCGGACUCCUCUCGCAGCUGGCUCAGCACCUUUAGCUUCCGCCGCUCCAACCGCACCUCCCUGUCCCUCUCCACCGCCGACACCACCUCAAGGGCUGCAUGCGAGGCCAUUCGCCGCCUCCGCCUCCACACCGGAGCCAUCGGCCUCGACCACUUCCGUCUUCUGCGGCGGCUCGGCAGCGGCGACAUCGGGAACGUGUACCUCUGCCAGAUACGGAACCCGGUGGUGGGGUUGCCGCAGUGCCUCUACGCCAUGAAGGUGGUGGAUAGAGAGGCGCUUGCCAUACGGAAAAAGCUUCACCGAGCGGAGAUGGAGAAGGAGAUUCUGGCCAUGAUGGACCACCCCUUCUUGCCUACUCUAUACGCUGCGUUCGAUGCCUCUCAUUACUCUUGCUUCGUCAUGGACUUUUGCCCCGGCGGAGACCUGUUCUCCGCUCGCCAACGCCUCCCCGAAAAACGCUUUACCAUCUCAUCAACUAAGUUUUAUGCAGCGGAGACACUGGUGGCACUGGAGUAUCUUCACAUGAAGGGCAUAGUGUACAGGGACUUGAAGCCGGAGAAUGUGCUGGUGAGGGAGGACGGACACAUUAUGCUAUCGGAUUUUGAUCUGUGUCUGAGAUGCGAGGUGGUUCCAAAGCUGUUGAGAAGCAAAACCAGAUCAGAAGGCAGUGCGAAGACAAGAACAUCAUCAUGUGCUGCCCCAAUGCAAUCAUGUUUCUCUGGCUCAAGCAAGAGAAAGAAGAAGGUGACAACAGUUAUAAGGGAAAAUGUGGAGGUGUGUGAGGUUGACACAGAGAUGGUGGCAGAGCCCAUGAAUGCAAGGUCGAAGUCAUUUGUGGGAACCCAUGAGUACUUGGCACCCGAAGUGAUUUCUGGGCAAGGACAUGGUAGUGCAGUGGAUUGGUGGACUUAUGGGGUUUUCUUGUAUGAAAUGUUGUACGGGAGAACACCCUUCAAAGGUGAGAACAACGAGAAAACACUGACCAACAUUCUGAAGCAGCCCUUGACUUUCCCUAGAAUUGCAGUGAGUAGCAGCAAGGAGUAUGAAGAGACGGUGAAGCUUCAAGACCUCAUCAGCAAGCUCUUGGUCAAGAACCCAAAGAAGAGAAUCGGCUGCUGCAUGGGCUCGGUUGAGAUCAAGAGGCACCACUUCUUCAAGGGGUUCAACUGGGCUCUGAUUAGAUCAGUUAAACCACCUGAUUUCCAUGCUGAUUUCAACAACAUUAGGCGUAGAGUUUUGUUACAGAAACUAAGCAACAAAGACAAGGAUCAACCCUUUCAGAUCACUCAUCGUUUUGACUACUUCUGACUCUGAAAUGUAAAUAGUUCAGGAAAAACAGCUCUGCCCAAAUGUCAUUAAUUAUCACAACACAAAUUAAGUCUUCUUACAUGUUUUUUCUCACUACCAAGUAAACAAUUUAUGACCAAUUAAGCUACCAUGCAUUGAACUUAGCAGUUUUUGUUUCUAUGUUUUUUACACUUAUGUUUGACAUCUCCACCAAUAAAUUAUUAUAGUUGAGAGAAUCUGUGGGUGUAAAGGAAAGGGAUACAAUACAAUAAUUAUCCCAAUGUGAUCCUCAUGAGAGCUUAUAUGAACUCAUGUGAUCCUACUAAUUACGCUUUUCAUUGAUGAGAAAAUUGCAGAGAGAAAAAAAAAAAAAAACUU